UUCAAUGGAAACGUGGUUUUGGGUUCUCGGCUGGUUCCUUUGCAUGCUCACGAUGGUUGGAAACGGAUUUGUCAUCUUCCUUGUCUGCAAUAAACGUCAGCUACGUACCAAAACCAACACAUUCAUUGUUUCGCUAGCAGUGACUGAUUUUUGUGUCGGGAUGAUUGCUGCUCCCUCCCGUUUUCUUUACGCAGUGGUAAAGGAGCACAUCUCCGAUGAUGACCUCCACUUUACGAUCUACGCAUGGCCGUUCAUACUUUACGCAUUUGGAACAAACUUGUUGAGUUUGAUAUUGGAACGAUCGCUACCGAGUAACUCAGAUUGUUCUUACAUCUUGGGGAAUUCCUUUUCUUUUACUCUGACUACAUUGUUGAUGAAUUUCAAUUCAAUCGAUCGAAUCGAGGGCUAUUUGUAUUUGCUGUACGAGGUAAUCUCGUGCGUUAUUUUGAUAUUUUGCCUUGUUUCCAUGUUUCUUGUUGUUCACAAGCACAACUCUAGAGAUCGCAACUUAGCAAAACAACUGCAGUUUAAUCAAAGGGUCGCUAAAGUUAAAACUCGGGGUAGGUCAGCAUUGAAAUGGGUGGCACUGGUCACGAGUGUGUUUCUAUUGUGUUACGGAAUAUACAUGCGUUGUAGUUUAAUCAUUUUAUUUGAUGGUGAUUGUAAAGAUUUUCGAUACAAAGUCCCUUUACAACUUAUUAACUCCGGAAUAAAUCCUAUAGCUUACGCUUUCCUUAAAAGAGACAUGAAGCAAGAAUGUAAGAGGCUCCUUUUCAAAAGGUGUCGUUAAUUUACUACAGAGCAGGUUUAUAGCAAUAAAAAUGUCCGAUAAUGCAUAAACUUCACACUGCCCUUUGAUCCCGAGAAAAUCCGGUUAUCAUUCCGUGUACAAUGCAUUACUCGUCAACUUGCUUGACAUGAAGCUAGAUGAAAAGCUUCUGAUGAAGCGGAGAUAACUAAACUCUGCAAGUCUUGAUUUUUCAUUAUGCUCUAAGAUUUAGAACCAUAUAUGGAUUAUAGCGAGGCUUUAGUUGCUCGAGCAAGAAC